GACGGCAUCCGAAAAGAGUUGGCUGAUCUGCAGGGCAGCAUGUCCAAGCUCAAAUCGCAACUGAAGCCUUUCUGGCACAAGUACCCGUAUGAGGAGGACUAUGUGGCGCCGGAGGAGGAGAAGGAUCCCAAGGAGAGGGCAAGGAAGGAGAUGGAGGAGGAGCAGGAGGUCUUUGAUUCCUACCGUCAAGGCGUUCAAUCUAAAGUUAAUUGCUUUGGAUACACAACCCUAGUGAGCCCCAUGCACUUUACACACUACACGCCCAGACAGAUCCCAUCCGAUUAUACUACUCGUAGGAUCACCUUGCAGAUCUUCUCCUUCAAGAUUGCCAACAUCAGUUUGGACCUGGAAUGGCCACUCCUGCAUUGGCCACUCAAAGUGUACGGCGUCGUCGCCGCACGAGACUAUGUGGAUCAUAGACGCAACGUUCUCUUCCACCGGCAAAGGGGCAACUUCCAAGAGAUCACCAAAGAAGUAAGUGCCUGCCGUAUUCUGUUAACUUUCCUUUUAUCUCCUCUUUGUUGCAUGCAUGGGUCUUUAGUUUGUUGAUGCAUCGGUUUGUUGCAAUUCAUUCAUUCAUUCCCUUUUCUGUGCUUGACUGGCCCAUCUCGUGCAAUCUCAGCCGACCGCCCUCUUGAGUUUGAAGUCCAACUAAAACUUAAAGGCGGCGCAGCAGAGUCUCAAGACAGCGCGUUGAUCAAUAGCAGAGGCCAUUACAAUGGCUAUGAUACCCAUAAUGGUUUAUAUACUGUCACCUUUGACAACUGUCUUUGCACAACAGAGUUAAGUCUGCAGAAGCUGUACCGUGGAGCAGUCCAAGCCACUUUCCUGCGUGUCGGCAUUGCUAAAGGCAGUCAAAGCCCUUUCAGUUAUGGAGGCAGAGUUGCUUGCUCCUCACCACCUCAGAAAGAUGAAGGCCCUGCCACUCCCACCCAAGUUGUGUUGCUUGAUUCCCGUGAUUGUGCUGGUGGGAAGAUGCCGAUAGGCGAAGAAGAUGGUUACCUUGAUCUGUCAAGGCAUGUUGUUUCUGUUGAAUUACGAACAGUGAGUGAAGAUUCUGAAGAAUUGAAAGAAACCCUGAAAGUUGUCAUAGAAGCCUACUCUCCCGGUGGUUCUGUGCAAGCUCAUGUCAUGGUCAGGCCUCAAUACUGCGGCAUAAGUAAACAUAAAUGUGACCUCAACGGCUCUAAGGUGAAGAUUACCAUCGCUUGGUCACCUAUUGUUAGCAGUGCUCUCACUAGAAAGGUUAUUCUGUGAGAGGGAUAUGUUCGAUGGUGCUCAUGUAUUUGAUCAGCUAUGUAAGAUGUCAACCUAUUGCUGUAUCGAUCUGCUAUGUAAUAUGUUUGACUAUCUGCUAUGUAAUAUGUUUGACUGUGUGUAUCGACUAUAUGUUUUAUAAGCCAAGUCUAGA